CCCAAUAUCUAAGAACCUUCCCCAAAUUUCAUAUAAAUCACAUCACCAUUCUUCACAAAAACACCCAACACAUCUUGAAAGCACCACCCACCCAACACAACCCAACCCAAUUCAAUCCGACCUCUCCAUUCUCCCAUUUUUCCCUCUCUACUUAUGCAGAUUCACUUCCUCCACCGCCCCGACACCGCCGAGAAAGACGCCGAUGAGGACAAGAAGGAAGAUCAGAAUCACAGAAGCGACGACGAUAACGAUAGCGAUAGCGAUUUACCAUCGUCGUUGAGCCUUAGAGAGCUUUCGAAGGUUAUACUUCCACCUUUGGGAGUAUCGAGCUUUACUGAUGACAAUCAAGUGAAGCAUCAUAAAUGGAUCAUCUCUCCCAUGAGCUCAAAAUACAGGUGGUGGCAGUCGUUCAUGGUGGUUUUGGUUGCUUAUUCUGUGUGGGUUUACCCAAUGGAAGUGGCGUUUGUGGACGCAAUUCCCAAGCGCCGAUUGUUAAUUGUAGACAAUGUUGUCGAUCUCUUCUUCGCCAUUGACAUCUUCUUCACCUUCUUCGUUGCUUACAUUGAUCAUCGGACUCAGCUUCUCGUUCGCGAUUCUAAGAAGAUAGCUAUUAGGUACCUUUCGACAUGGUUCUUGAUGGAUUUGGCAUCAACAAUCCCAUUUGAAUCACUGGCCUAUCUGUCCACAGGCAAAUAUGAUAUUUGUCUCCCUUUUGCCCUCCUAGGAUUGCUCAGAUUCUGGCGACUGCGACGUGUCAAGCAACUUUUUACAAGGCUCGAGAAGGACAUUAGAUUCAGCUACUUUUGGAUUCGAUGUGCUAGGCUUCUAUUUGUUACUUUGCUCUAUGUCCAUUGUGCCGCAUGCCUCUACUACAUGUUGGCUGACCGGUAUCCACAUGAAGGAAAGACAUGGAUUGGAACAGCGUUUCCAAAUUUCAAAGAGACUAGCUUUGGAGUGAGAUAUGUUUCAUCCAUGUAUUGGUCUAUCACCACUAUGACCACUGUUGGUUAUGGUGAUCUUCAUGCUGUGAACACCAUGGAGAUGAUCUUUAUAAUUUUCUACAUGCUCUUCAAUCUCGGGUUAACCGCUUACUUGAUCGGUAACAUGACAAACCUAGUCGUUGAAGGAACUCGACGCACAAUGGAAUUCAGAAACAGCAUCGAACUGGCAUCGAAUUUUGUUAACCGAAACCGCCUGCCUUCGAAGUUGAAGGAACACAUAUUAGCAUACAUGUGUUUAAGAUUCAAAGCCGAGAGCCUAAACCAACAACAACUGAUCGAACAGCUUCCGAAGUCGAUUUGCCAUAGCAUCUGUCAGCAAUUGUUUAUGCCGACCGUGGAGAAACUCUACCUCUUCAAGGGUGUCUCAAAGGAAACACUUGUGAUGCUGGUAGCCGAGAUGAAAGCCGAGUAUAUACCGCCUAAAGAGGACGUGAUAGUACAUAACGAAAGCCCGGAAGAAGUUUAUAUCAUCGUGUCAGGGGAAAUCGAAAUUAUCGACUGUGAGACGGAGGUGGAACGGAUUGUCGGAACAUUACACAGUGGCAGUAUGUUUGGGGAAGUAGGAGCACUUUGUUGCAAAAACCAAAGCUUUACAUACAGAACCAAAACUCUUUCACAGCUCUUGAAGCUCAAAACAAGUGUGCUACAAGAAGCUAUGCAUAUCAAACAAGAAGACAGUAUAGUCAUCGUCAAGAACUUCCUUCAGGAAAGGGAGCUGAGCCACAAAAUCACCAUAGAAGGUUCGCCCGAAAAAGAGACGACACCGACUUUGAUCGAAGAAAAGGAUCAAAGUUUCAACUGGAAACACUCCAUUGAGUUAGAUUUUAGUAGAGUUAACAUAUACAAAGGCCAUCCAGUAGCCAGAAAACAGGCUUCUUGUGAUGAUCCUGGAAAGCUCAUCAGAUUGCCACAUUCAAUGGAGGAGCUCAAAAGAGUUGCAGGUGAAAAGUUUGGAUUUGAUGCAAGAAAUGCUGUUUUGACAAAUGAAGAAGGAUCUGAAAUUGAUUCCAUUGAUGUGAUAAGGGAUAAUGAUAAGCUUUUUUUCUCAUAGCUGCAGAUUAUAAAACUCUGAAAUCUGAGGCUAUGAACAUACAUAGGUAUUAGAUGAUCAAGGGAGGUUUUUCCCAUAAAAAUUAAGAAAAAGGGGAAAAUUUGCUAAGCAAAGCUCUGCCUUGAUCAAUCAUUUUGUAUUGUUUCUUCAUUUUUUUCUUAAUGAAAUUAGUUGAAAGGAAAAAGUUUAUAU